AUGGGUUCUGGACAAAGUGCUCGUAAGCUUACUAUUAAUAAUGAAGAACUAGGUGUAAUAGAAAUAUCGGAAUCUGUUGUGGAACGAUUAACUCAAAAAAUGUCUGAAUCAAAUGUAGCAAAUGAAGUAAGAUCUGCUACUUUAACAGAACCGUCUCCUAAAAAAACUUCACAAUUAUCUCAAAGUGGUGAUAUACCAGUAAAUGCUGGAUAUCCUAUAUAUCAUCCACAAUUAACUUUAAGUGCUCUUCAAAUACAGCAACAGAAUGAGGAAGAAUUUCGUAAACAGGAUAAUUAUUGGCAAAAACGUUUGCAAAGAUUGGAACAAAAGCAUUCAGAAAUUAAUGAUAUCAUUAAUGCAGAAUAUAAAAAAGCAGCAGAAAUAUAUAUUGGUGAUAAAAAAGGAGUAAAUAUUCAUGAUACUAUCCAACCAUGUAAAAAUAGUUCUGAAAAAGUGUUCCAAUGUUUCCAAGACCAUCCUAAAGAAAUUCUGAAGUGUUCUACUUUAGUUGAAGAAUUUUCUAAUUGUGUAGAUCAGCGUCGUGCACGUGUAAUUGCAGCACGCUGUUAAUACAUUUUAAUAUUGAAUCAUUUGUAGUUUAAUUAAUGUUAUUUAAUAAAACAUCAUGUUAUUUAAUAAAAAUAAAUUGUGUAAUAUAUAAUCAGAUUUUGUGUACUUAUCUUUACAACACUAAUAACAAU